UCUGUGGAAGGGCCCAAUCUAGCUGGGUUGGAUCCUUGUGAACCCGGCCCAGAGGGCCUAAGGUCUCCUCAGACUGUUGUCCACCUGGGCCUGUGGCAGAUAGCUUGGAGUCCCCUGGAGCUGUGAGAAUUGAUGGCAGCCCAGAGGAUCUCGGGGGUCUGGCUGAAGGACCGCCAGCGGUGGAUAGCAGGAUGGGGUUGUAUGGGCAAGAGGAAUUUGGUUUUGUACCCAUGUGUAAAGAAACAGAAUGUUCUUCUGAAGUUCCUGGGGAGAAGGCACAUUGUGUUUCAGGAAACCAGUGCUGUGUGCCUCUAUCCCCUUGUGGGAUGAAGUUUUCUUUUUCUGCUCCCCUGUCCCCACAGAUACCAGUCAUGCCAUUUUGGAUCCUGGGCUGUGGAGCACAGAGGAGGGACCACAGGGUAAGGGGUUAAGUCUGAUUCAAUCUGACUCUACCCCCUCAGUAGCUGGGGCUGAUGGCACUGAGGUUCCUG